AUGGGAAUAUUUAUAGGUUUUUCUCAACGCGUGGAUUAUGAUUACACUUGGACAACCUGGCCGGCUGAGAAAGGUCGCUUAGUAAAUGUGUUUCUUGGCAUUCCUUAUGCCGCCCUUCCUAUUGACGAUCUAAGAUUUCGCCGCCCAAAGCCAGCUUAUUUGAACACUCGAUAUCCUUGGUUUGCAAAGAGCUACAGACCUUGUUGUAUACAGAGCAGUAAAAUGAUUCAAAAUAUGGAUGAAGAUUGUUUGUAUUUGAAUAUUUUUUAUCCAAACAGAACAAAUGAUCCUCUCACUACUCGAUAUCCUGUAAUUAUUUUUAUUCAUGGAGGAGACUAUAACUCAGGAUGCAGUCGUUUUUACCCAGGUCAUGCAUUAGCAUCCCAAGGAGCCGUUGUCAUUACUUUUAAUUUUCGGCUAGGCCCUCUUGGUUUCUUGGCAACUGGGGACUUUGCUUCCCCUGGGAAUUAUGGGCUGUGGGAUCAUAUAUUCGUAUUUGAAUGGGUAAAAAAAUACAUUGAAUGGUUUCGCGGUGACAAAGACAGGAUUACUCUGCUUGGUCACGGAUCAGGAGCUGCCAGUAUAGGAGUUCAUAUAGUAUCGCCUCUCACUCGCGGCCGAAUAGCUAAAUGA